CUUUCCUUUUUUAUUUCGGUUUAAUUGCUGUGUUUCUAGGUUUCUGAGGCUUUUUGUUUUUUAAGACCCCUGGAAUUACAUGAUUACAUCUAGAUACAUGCAUCAUAAAUGCAAGCUUUUAUUUUAAGUGUGCCAGGCUGCUUGAAUGAAGCCCGUUGGGAAAGAGAUAAAUAUAGGUGAGACCUACUGAAACUCCUACUGCACUCUUUCUUCUGGAAGCCUUGCCGACACAUGCAACUGCCUGAUCACAGUAGCUUGUCUGUCUAAACAAAAUAGUUUAAGUCAAACCGUAAUGCUUUUCUGAAGACAGAAGCCAAAUACUACAUCUUUGAUGCUAAAGUAUCAGCAAUUGGAGAGUGGAGGAGAUUUUUCUACCAGAAGUUUUGACAUGCUGGAAAAUGCUGGCAUGACCUCUGCUGAGAGAGGGAAUUUCUCAACAGCUCUUCAUGCUCACAGUAAUGAAGCCUCAGUUGAAAAUCACCCUCUGCAAAGAUGCCUCUCACUAACUCAUGUUGGCCAAGAAGACACAGCAUCGGUUUCAGGAAUCUCUGAACUUUUUAAGGUUAUGGAAGAACCUCGAGCACAGAUUUUAAAACAUGAUGUAGAGAUACCACCUCAAGCCAGAAUAGCAACAAUACCUCUUUCUUCUUUCCCACCUAAACUGCAGGAACUAAUGUCAGCCAGAGCUAAAAAUAUCUUUGAGCUAAGGCAAGCUACAGAAAUGCCAGCUGUAACUUAUGUAUGGCCAGUAAUAAGGAUGAAAGAUGCUUCCAGCCCUAUUUGGAACAAUUUUCCAAAGUACUUAAUACCAAUGAGUCCAACCUUAACAAGACACUGUUCUAGUCCUGAUGUAAUGAUUGAAGAUGUGAUAUGUUCCCGUAUAACCCCAGUCAAUCAGCUUGCACAAGAAGAGCUAGAUGGAAGUACAGGAAGAUCAUAUCCUCUUCUUGUAAAGUCAUCUAGCAGUGUUGUUUCAGAAAUUUUAAAAUCACUGACCAAUACCAAAAAUAAGAAUAAGAAUACUUAUAUUGUACCACCUUUGUCCGAAUGUCCUACUGAAGAGCAACUGGAAAUUCCUCUCUUUAAGGGAAAUGCUCUAGUGAUAUGUAAUGGGAAAGUCCACCUUCUGUAUGCAAUGAGGCAUGAAGCUCUGCCAGCAGAAAUGGAAGUACAUGGCUGUGAUAUGUUGCUUAGGAAGACCACAGCUUGGCUCAUUACAUGCAGUGUUAUCCGUGACGUAACGACUGAAGUUCCACACUCGCUGCUGUCAGGACAAUAUGAUAUAAAACAGAAAGAAAGAUGUCUUACAACCUUUGCUACCCCCCAAAACCAAAAUAAAACUUCAAAUGCAACACAUUUCUCUUCAUACAGUAUGAAUACCAUCUCUCAGCCCAAGCAGUGCUCACCUUCUACUGGGAAAAAGCAACAGUUCCUCAGCAAGACUGCAUUCCUAUCUGAAGAGGGCUUGCGAAAAAGAAAUGGGAAAGAAGCACUUCAGGAAAAAGACAAUGAACUAAGAAGGAAAUUUGGUAUUGUUAAGGAUGUAAGAGUCCUUCUCAACAGAAUAAGUCCCACUGAACUUAAAGAGAACUCCGGCAAAGCUUCUGCACUGAAAUGGAAGUUAACCACCAAGACAAAGAAAUUAGAAAGUAUGGCAAAGCAAACUGUGCCACUUGAAACAGUUUUGCUGAGGAAAAGAGAAGAAAAGGAACUAGAGCAGUGUGAGUUAUCUCACAGGAGAAGAAAAAGGGAAUGUAUUCAAACAAAGAUGCAGCGCUUCAGAGACCAUGAAAAGGAGGAGGAACAUUAUUCUAUGCAGACAGUAUGAAAGUCUAAAGCUUACCAAAUGUGCUGCCAGACCUUCUCUUAGGGACGACUACUGAGCAAACCCUGUGCAUUCAAGAAAACCCAGAUGAAGUUUCUCAGAUUAAAACUUUGCUUUCUGGUUAGUAAAGGGAUACUUUCUCUGCAAAUACACCAGUUGUAAAUGAAACAUCAAGAGGAAAAGGGAAUGUAAACAUGCUUCUAAGAUCCUUAAAGGCUGAAAAACACCAAUAGAAGCACUAUAUGAAAACAAACAGCAGCAAUGAGAAACUAUUCUUGCUGCUCUUAAAUUACAAAACUUCAGCUCAGUAUUUGGAGGGUGGAUUGUUUGUUAUGCUUUCUAUUUUGCUUCUGUUUAAUUAAAUAUAAAAAUCAUCUCAGUCUUUACACUUAAUAUCUGUAAAACUGACCGAAGAAUUUCUCUCAGGAUCACUUUUACUGAGUGGGUUCAUUAUCACAGCCUGAAUAUGUUCUCCACUAACCGAAAGUGAUGGAGUAAACAGGCUUCCACAGCUGUGGGAGGAGCAUCCCAUAAUACACAAGGGAAACAGGAGUCUGGUACUCACAGCAGUUUGAUGUUUAAAGAACACCAGUAACCAGAAAUCUUUACAUAGAUGCCUCUGGAUUACUUACUGAAUUGACACUAUAGCUUGUUAUGUGUGAUACUGUAAUUUCAGAAAGUUGAUGUUUAAAUGGCAGUCAUUUUACAAAACUAGACUUUUUUGUUUUUACUGCAGCUAAUAAAAUCCUGAUAUAAUAAA